AUUGAGAAAAAAAAAAAAAACCUCACAUUCUUUACCCGCCAAAAGGCUGUACUUUGUUGUAUAGAAUCCCAAACAGAGAGCCUCCGUAUGCUUUCUUCAGAACCUUGAACCAUUUGACGUUCAAAGUGUCUGAGAAAAUGGGGUUUAACAGAGUUUGUUUGGGUAGAUUUUCUUCGCUCUUCUCAAGCUAUCUCCAUCCCUUCGUUCCCGUUUCUCUCUCUUCUCCUACUCGCUCACUCCCUCUUCCUAUUCAUUCCUUCUGUCACACUACUUCCGUCUCAGCUGUCCAGUCUCAACACCCAUCGACUCCUCACCGGUCCUUGCCUAUGAAGAACAGCGAAAAUCGUUGGAAACCCAUGUGUCUGUACUAUACACAAGGAAAAUGCACUAAGAUGGAUGAUCCUAUUCACCUAGAGAAGUUCAACCAUGAUUGCUCCAGGGAUCUUCAAGUUGAUGUUGCCAACUUAAACAGCAUGCACUCUCAGGAAUUAGACUAUUUUCUGGUGCUUGAUUUGGAAGGCAAAAUUGAAAUUCUUGAAUUUCCAGUAGUGAUGAUUGAUGCAAAAAACAUGAACGUCAUUGAUUUUUUCCACAGGUUUGUGAGGCCCUCAGGAAUGAGCGACCAGCGUAUAAAUGAAUAUAUUGAAGGAAAAUAUGGCAAAUUUGGUGUUGAUCGUGUCUGGCAUGAUACAGCUAUACCAUUUAAGGAUGUUGUACCAGAAUUUGAAGCUUGGUUGACUCAGCAUCAGCUGUGGGGAGAAGACUUAGGUGGCUUCCUUAACAGAGCAGCAUUUGUAACUUGUGGAAACUGGGAUCUGAAGACAAAGGUUCCUGAGCAAUGUAAAGUGUCAAAGAUAAAGCUUCCUUCAUAUUUUAUGGAAUGGAUCAAUCUCAAAGACGUAUAUCUUAAUUUCUACAAGAGGAGGGCCACGGGAAUGAUGACGAUGAUGAAGGAACUUCGGAUACCAUUAUCGGGAAGUCACCAUCUUGGAUUUGAUGAUGCAAAGAACAUAUCAAGAGUAUUGCAGCAUAUGCUUACUGAUGGUGCAGUUUUGAAUAUUACUGCAAGGAAGAAUCCUAAUCAUCCUGAAAAGACUGACUUUCUUUUGAAGGAUAGAAUAAGGUAGCUAUCUCUGGCUACGUCUUUCUUUUCAAACUGUUACUUCUUUGUUAUAUAACUUUUCUGCAAAACGGGAAAAGAACCAAAAUAAAUAAAUAAAUAAAAAAGUGACACAAA